GAAGAUUAGGUCAUCUGGCUGUGCCAAACGUGCCCUUGAGUUCUUCUAUAUAUAUGCAACCCUGGAACUAUCUUCUUCUCAACACACUUUAUUUCAUCUCUAGUGUCUGUCUACCACCUUCUGUUUCCCAAGAUGGCUUCUUCUUCAAUGGUGAUUAAUGUCACAUUCCUCAUGUUUGUGCUCUUAAUGGGUACCUCCUCUGCUCAACUUUCCACUGAUUUCUACUGCAAGACUUGCCCCAAUUUGUUCAGUACUGUGAAAUCAGUGGUUGAAGCUGCUGUGUCGAAGGAAAAGCGCAUGGGUGCUUCUCUCCUUCGCCUCCAUUUCCAUGACUGCUUCGUCAAUGGUUGUGAUGGAUCAAUACUCUUAGAUGAUACUUCAUCUUUUAAAGGGGAAAAGACUGCACUUCCUAAUAAUGGAUCUGUAAGGGGAUUCAAUGUAGUAGAUGAUAUCAAGUCCAAGGUGGAAGAAGUUUGUCCUGAUAUAGUCUCGUGUGCUGAUAUUGUAGCUAUCGCAGCUCGCGACUCCACUGUUUAUCUUGGAGGGCCUGGUUGGGAUGUCAAACUUGGACGCAGGGAUUCUAAAACUGCUAGUUUAGCCAAGGCAAAUAGUGGUGUAAUCCCACCUCCUACUUCUACCGUUAGUGGCCUUAUCAAAAGAUUCAAAGCAAGAGGCCUCUCUGCUAAAGAUAUGGUUACUCUAUCUGGAGCACACACAAUAGGGCAAGUAAGGUGUACAAACUUCAGAAAUCGCAUAUAUAAUGAGACUAAUAUUGAUAGUUCCUUUGCAAAGACAAGGCAAUGGAGUUGCCCAAGUGCUACUGGCUCAGGAGACAACAAUUUGGCACCUCUAGACGUUCAAAGUCCUACUUUUUUUGACAAUAAGUACUACAAGAACUUGAUCAACCAAAAGGGCCUCCUCCACUCUGAUCAAAUAUUGCACAAUGGUGGAUCAACUGACUCCCUUGUCGAAAAAUAUAGCACCGAUGCCGAAACCUUCUACUCUGAUUUUGCUGCAGCAAUGAUUAAGAUGGGAGAUAUUCGUCCCCUCACUGGAUCUAAAGGCGAGAUAAGGAAGAAUUGCAGGAUGCCCAAUUAAUUAAUGAGCAUUGACCAAAACUUAGACUCACUUCUAGAUCCAGUGGUAUGUUAAAAAUAUGAUUCGUUAAUAAUUAAAUAUUUUUUAAUUAUCAAUUAAUUAUUUUUUUAACACAUCACUAUGUCUAUAAGGUGGAUAUAAAAAGUAGACUUGUAUAUCAUUGUUAUUUUCGUUAAUUAAUUAAGGGAUUUAAGUUAAGAUUCUUGUAUUAAUUUUGAAAGAAUAAUUCCGAAGGCUUCUGUUUUCGGUUUGCUUGUUGUAGAUGUAUGGAGUGAAUUGUAGAAGUAGAAUAUGGUCAAGUGUAAUUUUUUUUUUUUUUUUUGAGUGGGCAUAAAAUUUGUUAGAACUUUCUUAUUUCAUACUAUGUAAAUGCCCACACCUUGUAUUAUUUUGGAGAUUCAUGCCUUGAAUGAGUCACCUUCUCUGAUUAAAAAUAAAAAAAAAGUCUUCACCUUUUGCUUUCAA